AUGGCCGCCUACAGAAUAUCUUUAGGUUACGAGCACGAUGAGGUCCGACAUCGCUUGAGCCAGCUGGUUGAUCUCCCUACUAUUGACAAGGACUGGGUCGACGAGGAACAAUUUACUCCGCGAUACAACAUCGGGCCAAAGGGCAAUGCCGCCAUUCUGCUCAUGAAUGGUACGGAUGGGGGUAGCUUGAAUGAUGUGGCUACGUCUCGUCUUGUUCUUCGUACUAUGCCUUGGGGCAUACUGUAUCAUCUAUGGCAUCACACUGGAGCACCCGGCACUUCUAAGAUUCCUUACUUCAUUCGUUUUGUCGACGAUCGUGUCAUGUUCCUCGCUGGUCUGUACAACGAGUGCGCGACAGCUGCCGAUCCUUCUGAUAUCACAUGGCGUUUCACGGUGGUGUCCACGAACGCCAACCGAGAGAUGAUGUGGCUUAAGAAUCGGCAGCCAGUGAUACUCUCGACAGAGGCGGAUGUGAAAGCUUGGCUUGAUGUCUCUUCUGGACCAGACAAGGAAAUUGACGUGAAUGCACGUCUGAACUUACCCGAGUUCAUCCAACCUGUAUAUGGACGUCCGGAUGGGAUAGAGUCUGCAUUCGCCCAGAUGGAUCCCGAUAUCGAAGCGCAGUCCUCGCAGGGUGAAGGAUCAGUGCAGGUGGCAUCCCCAUCGUCCGCUGUGGCCACGCACGAUUCAUCGUCGUCCGCUACCGCCACGCAGGCUUCAUCGUCAUCCGCUACGCCCACGCAGGCUUCGUCGUCGUCAUCGUCGUCGUCCCAGAAUGUGCCCACUGCGUCGACGUUGACGCAAGCUGUGUCCUCUCAGCCUGCGGCGCCCCCGUCCGCCUCCCAGGGCAUGCGCCCUACCUGCGCGCGCGCUAGACCUAAGCCUUCAGCUGAUGCGAACAGUACCCCCAAGAAAAAUCAAAAACGCAAAGACGACCCCGUGCCGGAGAACGGAAAGCUGACGCAUCACUUCGAUGUUCUGCCUCGGUGA